GCUCCCUGUGAUACACACGCCCACCUGUCAGUGCGAGCGACAGCUCGACCCCGCCCCUCGGAAGUGGAGGCUCGCGGGAGCCGUGACGUCAGUAGGAGCUGAAGACGGAACAAGAUGGCUCAGGAAAACAUCUUCUUGUUUGUGCCCAACCUUAUUGGUUACGCUCGCAUCGUCUUUGCCUUCAUCGCUUUUUACUUCAUGCCGACCUCCCCCGUCAUGGCCUCCACAUUCUACCUGGUGAGCGGCUUGCUGGACGCCUUCGAUGGACACGCGGCUCGACUGCUCAAUCAGGGUACAAAGUUUGGAGCCAUGCUGGAUAUGCUGACAGAUCGAUGUGCCACCAUGUGCCUACUUGUCAACUUGUCCCUUCUCUACCCUUCCUACACAUUACUCUUUCAGCUUAGCAUGAGCCUGGACAUCGCCAGCCACUGGCUGCACCUUCACAGCUCCAUUCUAAAGGGCAGUGAGAGCCAUAAAACCAUCAACCUGGCUGGGAACCCAGUGCUCCAUCUCUACUACACCUCACGGCCGGUGCUGUUCUUCAUGUGUGCUGGGAAUGAGCUGUUCUACUGUAUGUUGUAUCUCCUGAACUUCACUGAGGGACCAUCGGUCAUCCUGGGUCCCAUUGGUGCCAUUGGUUUGUUCCGUCUCAUCGUCUGGCUGUGCUGCCCAAUCUCUCUCGUCAAGUCUCUCAUCAGCCUCAUCCACCUGGUCACUGCUUCCAGCAACAUCGCCUCCCUGGAUUGUGCUGAACGAUCCAAAAACAAAUAGGCGGGCACCUCCUUGUCAUCUAUAUAAAAAUCUCUUGAAUGGGGCAAUAUUUAGGAAUGCUACCCUCAGCUGGGCACACUCUGUUUCACACCAACUGUAUGUUCCAAAAUCUGACUCAGGGCCGAAGCUUUUAGCUGUUGUAUUUCUAAAACAUACGACUACUGCAGUGGCAUUGCCUCACCCCCUUAUGGUUUACCCUGUUAUGUUGCCCCCUUAAAAGGUGGUAUAUUUUUGUGCAACUGUAAUUUUAUCAAUCAUGUCGUUUUGCUGAACUAGGUUAUAAUGGAAGCGGUUAAAGGAUAAGUAAACCUUUAAAAAAACAAAAGUUAAUGUAAAAUUGAUGAGGGGGCUAUUCUUAGCACUUUUGACAUUUACAUUCAUUAUUUAUUUAUUUUUUAUUCCAA